AUCCGACUAUGCCUGUGCAGUAGAAGUAUGCACUUAAAAGCGCCGCCGACAUUUCUUACAAGAUUCCCCGAAUAAUUUUCACCUUAUGCCAGUGUGGAAUGCGUGUUUUUCUCGUGAAGUCCUGUGCUGAACUGAUGGAAUGAGUACUCAACGGCCGGUUGGACGAGAAUCCCCUGACUUCACGCAUUGAAGCGUGUGGUCAGGCUGAUUUGACGCGUCAGUGAUAAAGUCACCGUGACAUCGAUGUCAGGUUUCGGAUCCCGCCCGGUUAUCUGCACCAUCCAAAGCUGUUCUAACUAGAUGUUUCAGUCUUCACUUGGAGCUGGAGAUGUCGAUGCUACUGCACUUUAGGACACCAGAUCCAAACAGAAACGCAGACCACAGAUCGUGGGAACGCAAGAGGCGUCGACGGCAUAGCUCUUCGUGAGAGGCCAUAGAUCGUGGGACCACGGCUCACGAGACGCAGGCGCCACCUCGUCGUGCUCUGGACGCAAGCGCCGAUCGACCGACGAGAGACGUGGACCGCGCGCGCGCCGCACGCGGGAAGUGACGCGCGUAGAUAACACUGGACGCGCGCGCCCGAGGCGCAAGAAUCCCAGAGCCGAUAGAAUGGCAGACGCUAGCAGCGCCGCCGCAACGGCCUCGGCGCAACCGGCGGCCUCCGCGCCGCUGGCCGGGCGCGUGGCGAUCGUGACCGGCGCGUCGCGCGGCAUCGGGCGCGCCAUCGCGGCGCACCUGUCCUCCCUCGGCGCGAGCCUCGUGCUGGGCUACGCGUCCAGCGACGCGGAGGCCGAGGCGCUCGCCGCGUCGCUCCCGCGCGCGGUGGCCGUCCGGGCCGACGUGUCGGACGAGGCCGGCGUGCGGUCCCUCUUCGACGCGGCCGAGUCCGCGUUCGGCGCCGGUGCGCACAUCCUCGUGGCCAACGCCGGCGUGCUCGAUGACAAGUACCCCUCCCUUGCGGACACCACAACCGAGUCCUUCGACCGCACCCUCGCCGUGAACGCGCGCGGCGUGUUCCUGUGCCUCCGCGAGGCGGCCAACCAGCUGCCCCGCGGCGGCGGGGGCCGGAUCGUGGCGGUGACGUCGUCCGUGGUGGGAAGCCUCCCGACGGGGUACGCGGCGUACACGGCGUCCAAGGCGGCGGUGGAGGCUAUGGUGCGGACGAUGGCGAAGGAGCUCAAGGGCACGCGCAUCACGGCCAACUGCGUCGCGCCGGGGUCCACGGCGUCGGACAUGUUCUUCGCCGGGAAGACCGAGGACAUGGUGCGGCGCAACGUGGAGAACAACCCGAUGGAGAGGCUCGGGGAGCCCCGCGACAUCGCGCCGGUGGUCGGCUUCCUCUGCACCGACGCCGCCGAGUGGGUCAACGGCCAGGUCAUCAGGGCCAACGGCGGGUACGUGUGAUGCUCCUUGACAUCGAUUGCUGUUAGCCAUUUUGGCUGGAUGGAGUGUAUCAGAUGUUCCAAUAAAAAAAGUGUGAUUUGAAAAA